CCUCCCAGUUAGGUCAUUACUUCAGUUCCUUUGAAUCAGAAUAAAAAGUACAGCAAACUUCAGACUCCUUAACCACAUGCUUAACAAGCAUUGGGGCUUUUCUUCUAUUGGUACCUUGCAAGAUUUUGGUUUUUUUGCUAAACAGUUCCGAUGGCCAACUUCUCCCUAUGGGCAACUUUUGGAUUAUGUUUGCUGAAGCUUUGUUUAGCAGAAACACAAUUCAAUGUAAGUUGCAGAUAUGGAGGAGUUUUUCAUGUUGAGAAGAAUGGUCGCUACAGCCUCACGCGAUCCGAAGCAGUCGAGCUCUGCAGAGCUCUCAAUAGUACCCUGGCAACAUUGGAGCAGUUGAAGAGAGCUCAUGAACUUGGAUUUGAAACUUGCAGGUAUGGUUUUGUAGUGGGGUAUAUUGUUAUCCCACGGAUCAAUCCCUACCAUCUUUGUGCAGCAAAUCACACUGGCAUCUACAGACUUUCAGCAAACACAACUGGUCGGUAUGAUGCUUACUGUUACAAUGUGACAGAAACAAGGGAUAAAUCAUGUGAGGAAAUUCAAAGACUGGAUACUUCUUUCCUCGGUAAUCAGGAUGACAUAGUCAUUGACAAUGCAGAUGGCUCACGUUUCAAUGCAGAUGGCACACAUCAUAGUGGAGAGUCCCCAACCUCAAGUGCAGACGAUGAAAAUGUGGGCAGUGGAUCAACACAUGACCCAACUCCCGUGGAUACCUCCAUCAGGAGAUCCAGCCCCUCAUACUAUGGAAGUCCAACUCCAGUCUCACAGCUGCCAGAGCAUUCGUCUGGAGCGGGUGAAAAAGAAAUCCCUAUAAAAGAUUCUGAUGAUGAAAUUUCUCCUGUAACCACUGACAGCUCUUUGGUGACAGCAGCUGAUGGUUCCCCUGAGAGGGAUGUUGGACAGUAUCCUGCAAGUACAAUCACAGAGUCCAUGGACAAUGCCACGGGGAAAGCCACCAUGGAGCCUCUGGCACCUGUCACCUCACCUGGAGCUGAAAGUGAACAAGCAAACACCUCAGACAGUUCUCAUGUUAACUGGAUACCUGGAGUUUUUCCAGAAACUGAAGAUCAUCUGAACCAAUUUCACACUCCUCUCCCUACUAAAGACUCAACUCAGCCACGUCUGCCUUCAGAUAAUGAACCAGGCCAGAGCACUGAGGACAUCUUGCUUACCACAGACACCCCUGACAAUGAGGUCCACCAGAGGACCACAGCUGGUGGAUUGCCAGGCAAGACCACUGUAGAUCUGGCUGCAGUGUGGCCUCUUACACCUGGCACUCCACCUGGAUCUGAAAAGGAUCAACCAAGCACCACGGAUGGGUCCCAUAUCAAUUGGAUACCUGGAGGUUUUUCAGGCAUUGAAGAUCAUCUUAACCGAUUACAGACCACUCUUCCUACUAUAUCUACCUCCAGUAUAUAUGGCAACCAAAUACCACACAAGGGAGAUUAUGAAACCACUACUUUCCCUGGAGAGACCACAACAACAAAGGUGGUUUCACAGACAAGGUCAGCUCAAGUACCAGAAUGGCUGAUAGUAGUUGCUGCUCUGGUGGCCCUUGCACUGAUCCUUGCAGUCUGUGUUGCUGUUAACAGCCGGAGGAGAUGUGGACAGAAGAAAAAGCUAGUGAUUAACAAUGGCAAAGGGGCAGUGGAAGACAGGAAGACAAGUGGAUUAAAUGGAGAUGCCAGUAAAUCACAAGAAAUGGUGCACUUGGUUUACAAAGAGCAGUCAAAUGACCAAACAGGAGCAUGUGAUGAAUUCCUGACCAUUAAUGAAACACAAAAUCACCAGGAUCUUGACAUGAAGAGUGGAGUGUAAUGGUACCAAGUUGCCAAACAGAUCAGAGCUGGAGAAAUAAAAAUCACAUGAAACUUGGUCAGGAAUUCUCAGGUGCACUGUGCAACUGAUGUCUCUUGAACAUAAUUAAAAGUAAGUUUUAUUCCUUUUCAGUUUAAAAUUAUGUCUGAGUUACAAAAUGGACAUUGGCUUUCUGCAGUAAGCCUCCAAGAGCUGCAGAUCUUUUUCAUUUCCCACUGCCUACACAGAGGACACUUGCUGUGUCCAGACUGUUAGGGGGGACACAAGUUUACUUCAUUCUCCAGAUAAAGGGACUUCCCUGUGCAGAACUGCAGAAGUAACCAGUCACCCCCUCUUACAGGCACAUAAGGGACUAAACUUGUUAUGGCACAAGACUAAAUAAGUAACAAGUGUCAAGGGCAAAAACAAAGUUUAAAUCAAAAAUCCUAUGCAAUACCUAAGCCAUCAGAAUCCUUCAGAAAUGUCUUCUACAUGGGAAAAGCAG